UUCAGGUUUCGACUUUACGACGCCGUAAAUCAUUCUCUUGCAUUUCUAAUUUCUAACAGACCCGAAAAAGACACCCUCGCAGCUCGCUGACACAGAGAGAUGAAGAAACCGGCAGGAUCGGAGAAGAAGAGGGUCCGGCGAUCCUCCGGUUUGGCAUCCAACGGUUCUAAUCCCGCCGCCGAUAUACCUUCUAAGAAACAAGCUACAAAGAAGGAUGUUUUUCAGUCAUUUGCUGAGAAAGUAAGAGAUCACAAGGACUUGGAGUCUAGAUGGGCUGUCCUACAGGAAACUCGAGUUGAGUAUUUUAGAGGAAAGGAUUUUGUAAGCUUUAUGCGAAAUCAUCCAGAGCUUAAAGACGUACUAGAUUCAGAUAAAAAUUUGGAAACUGAAGAUAUUGCCGAUGCUCUUCUUAGAAGAAAUCUUCUACUGCGUUGUGACCGUGUAGUAAAAACUGUUCGACCUGGGAAGAGAAAGUUGUCUACUUGGCCUGCACACUUGGAGAUAUACCAUGAUCAAGUGUUUUCUGAAAAUGAUGCCUUUUUUGCAUGGACAUUUGUGAGACGAAGGCCUCUCUGGCAAACACUUCUCUCAUUUUCUUGGCCAGUUCUGACACUAGCAAUCUGCUUAUUUCCUGUGUAUCCCCAUCGGUGCAAGCUGCUUAUACUUUACUCGUGCGCGGGUCUCCUCCUUCUCAUACUUAGCCUUCUUUUGUUGAGAGCUCUAGUUUUUGGUACUAUAUGGAUUCUUCUUGGGAAGCGUGUCUGGAUUUUCCCCAACAUCCUAGCUGAGGAAGCAACUCUUGAAGAUCUAUUCCAGUUUUGGCCCAAGAAGGACGAGGAGGAGCCACCUAAGUGGACUGCAAGGCUUUUCUAUGCAAUUGUAGCUGUGCUUGUUAUAUUGCUUCUGAGGCAUCAUGCUCCUAAUGAGGCUGCAAGAGCCAGGUAUCACAAGCGGGUUUCCAAUAUUAUUGAUGAUGUGCUUGAGUGGUCUCCAAGACUGGCUUUAUCAGGAAUGAUGGAAAAGCAAGGCGUGGACCCUAAUGUAACCGAAGGUAGCAAAGGAAGUCCUGAAAAGGUGGAUCCCCUUGAUGACAUUGAUGUUGAUAGAGAUACAAACCUUAACCAAGAUGAGGAUGUCGAAAAUGCAGGAGAUGGUGAUCAUGAUGAGUCGUUGUAAGUGAUGAGUGUUCUUAGUAAGCUAAGCUGACGGAUUAAGGUUUUUCUCUCCUUGGCUUCAUUUAGUUUUUCUAUAUAUAUAUAUAUAUAUUGUUGACCUGUAGAACUUUUGUAACAAGAUUGAGAUGAUGAGAAUAAAUGAUCAAUUGAAAUUCUAAUAGAAUGCUUUCAUUUCAUUC